AUGGCUGGCCUCCAACUCAACAUUUACGUCGGCAUCGGCAUAACAUGGUUUGCUGCGGUUAUAUCGAUGCUGAUGCGCGUGGCCGCACGCCGGUUAACCAAGGUGAAUUGGUGGUACGAUGACUGGUUCUGUAUAGCUGCCUUUGUAAGCCUAUUUGCCUUCCUCCAGCACAACAUUCAUAACCAUAUACUGACUAUACAUACAGCUUUUCGCUACGGGGUACUGCGCUAUCUUGAUCCAUUGUAUUCACCAGCCCUUAUCCUCCCGAUUGAACCUUUGGUUAUUAAUGACUUUGUUUUAGGGACGAAGUACUGGUAUCUUGGCAAGCUGAUGCCUGAUUCUCUCGACGAGGAGACCAGAGAAUUGAUCCUAUACCACUCGAGACUCCUCGGCUUCUUCAACUCCCUCUGCUAUGCAUCGUCUCUCGCUACUUCCAAGAUAUCCAUCUUGUCCUUCUACUGGAGACUGUUCAGCCAGUCAGUCAUCAGGAUCCCGAUUCUCGUCAUGCUCGUCAUGUCCGUGAUAUGGAUCAUUCUACGAACUUUCAUGUUGAUCUUCCGCUGCGUCCCGGUACAGUCGAUUUGGGACAAGACCAUCACGGAUUCCGUUUGCAACAUCAACAGCGGUCAAUUUUUCCUCGGCACCAUCGUUACGCAUUUUAUCAUGGACGUCGUCAUCCUGACCCUUCCCGUCAUUGAAGUAUACAGGCUCCGCCUUCGUCUCGGCCAGAAGCUAGCCAUCAUCGCGCUGUUUGUUCUGGGAACCAUUGUGUGUGUUGCCUCGGCUUUUGUUCUGGUUGAGCUCGUCAACUACAACAACGACACAACACAAAUGCCCUACGACUACGCAAUGUACUGCAUCCUUGGAGCCGUCGAGGUCAACGUUGCCAUUGUGUCCGCUUGCUUCCCCCUCCUCCGGCCCGUAUUCCGCUAUAUCCUCCCCAUGAGCUUCCUCAGCUCCGUCGGCUACGGCAGCAGUCAGCCAAUCAGCCGGCCGAGCAAUAUUAUCAAGCUGACGACACUUACGCGGACGAAGCGAGAAGCAGAGGCCGCGGCCACAAAGUCGAGCUCGACGCAUAACUUGGCGGACCCGGAGAGCGGUGAGAUGUCCGGGUUCGAUGGGCUACACGGGCAGCGUGCGGCCGGCAUCCAGACCGUCAUCUCGACCCGGUAUUGUGGCUCAGAGUCGAGCGGGGACGGGGAGCAUGAUAUAGGCGGCAGGCACGGAAUCCACGUCCGAAACGAGACGGUGGUGGAAGUGGAGGAGGUGGUGGACAUCUUGGGUAAUAAAACGCCCAGGAACUGA